AUGCUUCUGCUGGGCAUCUUAACCCUGACUCUCGCCGGGCGACCAGUCAGCGGCUUUGAGCCAGAAAGCGAAGUGGUCGUUCCGAUCCGACUGGACCCGGACAUCAACGGCCGCCACUACUACUGGCAGGGUCCCGAGGACGCCGGGGAUCAGGGCCUCAUUUUUCAGAUCACAGCGUUUCAGGAGGACUUUUACCUCCACCUGACACCCGAUACCCAGUUCCUGGCGCCUGCCUUCGCCACUGAGCACCUGGGCGUCCACCUCCAGGGACUGACCGGGAGCUCCCCAGACCUGCGACGGUGCUUCUACUCUGGGGACGUGAACGCCGAGCCGGGCUCUUUCGCCGUGGUGAGCCUGUGCGGGGGGCUACGCGGAGCCUUCGGUUACCGAGGCUCGGAGUAUGUCAUUAGUCCGUUGCCCAACGCCAGCGCGCCGGCGGCGCAGCGCAACAGCCAGGGCGCGCACCUCCUCCAGCGCCGGGGCGCCCCCGGCAGGUCCCCCGGAGACCCGACCUCCCGCUGCGGGGUGGCCUCGGGCUGGAACCCCGCCAUCCUGCGGGCCCUGGACCCUUACAAGCUGCGGCGGACCAACUUAGGGGAGAGUCGCAGCCGGCGCAGGUCCGGGCGCGCAAAGCGCUUCGUGUCGAUUCCGCGGUACGUGGAGACGCUGGUGGUGGCGGACGAGUCAAUGGUCAAGUUCCACGGCGCAGACUUGGAACAUUAUCUGCUGACCCUGCUGGCCACGGCGGCCCGCCUUUACCGCCAUCCCAGCAUCCUCAACCCCAUCAACAUCGUCGUGGUCAAGGUGCUGCUUCUCGCGGACCGCGACGCCGGGCCCAAGGUCACGGGCAACGCAGCCCUGACGCUGCGCAACUUCUGCGCCUGGCAGAAGAAGCUGAACAAAGUGAGUGACAAGCACCCCGAGUACUGGGACACCGCCAUCCUCUUCACAAGGCAGGACCUGUGUGGCGCCACCACCUGUGACACACUGGGCAUGGCGGACGUGGGCACCAUGUGCGACCCCAAGAGAAGCUGUUCUGUGAUUGAGGAUGAUGGGCUGCCAUCGGCCUUCACCACGGCCCAUGAGCUGGGCCACGUGUUCAACAUGCCCCACGACAACGUGAAAGUGUGCGAGGAAGUGUUCGGGAAGCUCCGAGCCAACCACAUGAUGUCCCCAACCCUCAUCCAAAUUGACCGGGCCAGCCCCUGGUCAGCCUGUAGUGCUGCCAUCAUCACUGACUUCCUGGACAGCGGGCACGGUGACUGCCUCCUGGACCAGCCCAACAAGCCUAUCUCCCUGCCCGAGGACCUGCCGGGCACCAGCUACACCCUGAACCAGCAGUGCGAGCUGGCCUUUGGUGUGGGCUCCAAGCCCUGCCCCUACAUGCAGUACUGCACUAAGCUGUGGUGCACCGGCAAGGCCAAGGGGCAGAUGGUGUGUCAGACUCGCCACUUCCCCUGGGCAGACGGUACCAGCUGUGGUGAGGGCAAGUUCUGCCUCAAGGGGGUCUGUGUGGAGAGACACAACAUCAAUAAGUACAGGGUGGACGGCUCCUGGGCCAAAUGGGAGCCUUAUGGCCCCUGUUCACGGACCUGCGGUGGGGGCGUGCAGCUGGCCCGCCGGCAUUGCGGCAACCCAGCCCCUGCCAAUGGGGGCAAAUACUGCGAGGGAGUGAGGGUGAAAUACCGAUCUUGCAGCCUGGAGCCGUGCCCCAGCUCAGCUUCUGGCAAGAGCUUUCGGGAGGAACAGUGUGAGGCUUUCAAUGGCUACAACCACAGCACCAACCGGCUCACCCUGGCUGUGGCCUGGGUGCCUAAGUACUCAGGCGUAUCUCCCCGGGACAAGUGCAAGCUCAUCUGCAGAGCCAAUGGCACUGGCUACUUCUACGUGCUGGCUCCCAAGGUGGUGGACGGCACUCCGUGCACUCUGGACUCCACCUCCGUCUGCGUCCAAGGCAAGUGCAUCAAGGCUGGCUGCGACGGAAACCUGGGCUCCAAGAAGAAGUUCGACAAGUGCGGGGUGUGUGGCGGUGACAACAAGAGCUGCAAGAAGGUGACAGGAGUCUUCACCAAGCCCAUGCACGGCUACAAUUUUGUGGUGGCCAUCCCUGCAGGCGCCUCCAGCAUUGACAUCCGCCAGCGGGGCUACAAGGGGCUGAUUGCGGAUGACAACUACCUGGCCCUGAAGAAUGGCCAAGGCAAGUACCUGCUCAAUGGGCACUUUGUGGUGUCUGCUGUGGAGCGGGACCUGGUGGUUAAAGGCAGCCUGCUCCGGUACAGUGGCACGGGGACCGCGGUGGAGAGCCUGCAGGCAUCACGGCCCAUCCUGGAGCCCCUGACUGUGGAAGUCUUGUCCGUGGGGAAGAUGACGCCGCCCCGGGUCCGCUAUUCCUUCUACCUGCCCAAAGAGCCCUGGGAGGACAAGUCCUCCCACCGCAAGGACCACCGGAGCCCCGCCGUGCUGCACAACAGUGUCCUCAGCCUCUCCAACCAAGUGGAGCAGCCAGACAGUGGGCACCCCGCUCGCUGGGUGGCGGGCAGCUGGGGGCCUUGCUCUGUGAGCUGUGGUGGGGGCCUGCAGACUCGGGCAGUGGACUGCCGUGGCUCCCUGGGGCAGCUCUCAGGCUCUGCCUGUGAUGUGGCCCAUCGGCCGGUGGAGACAAGGGCCUGUGGGGAGCCCUGUCCAGCCUGGGAGAUUGGGGCCUGGUCACCUUGCUCCAAGAGCUGUGGCCAGGGAUUUAAGAGACGUCCGCUCAAGUGUGUGGGCCAGGCAGGGCGGCUGCUGGCCCGAGACCAGUGCAACCUACUCCGCAAGCCCCAGGAACUGGACUUCUGCGUCUUCAGGCCAUGCUGA